AGAGAUGCCAAGACUUCUAGAGGCGAUAUGGACAGAUGAAAACAGAAGCCCUCCACACAAGCCACAAUCUAGGCUUAACUGCCGAUCCGCCUGAAGGGCCAACAAGGGAAGGGAGCCCUUGGGUGCGGUAACCUAUGGCUCAACAGCGAACUACCGAGCACCGUUGCUCGCCUGUAUAAGCUAAUUUCGCUAUACAAAUGGUAUGGCGUGAUGUUACCGAAAUAGUAAUCCAUAAGCUUGAAAGAUGUUGUUAAACGGCGCCUCGGAACGCCUUCUGGUUGCGCUCUGCCUGCACGUGAGUUUCGGCCCCGAGAUCUACACACGGAAGUAUACACGGCAAUAAAGGCGGAAGAAAAGUUAGCUUAGAUAUGGAGGACAAGCGAGAGGUAACAGUGGUUAUCGAGAAGGAUGUUUCGGUAGUGGUACCUACGGAUCUACCAGACGACCCCAAGAGGACCAGCGAGAUAAGUGGUGACACGGUUGUCACUAUUACUGAUAUCAACACUGAGUCAAAGGUGUCAGAGGACACCACGGCGGUCGAGGAGGUCCCGCCCCUGUUCACGGUCUACAAGCCGUGGCAGAAGCGGCUAAUCGUCCUGAGCGCCGCCUUCAGCGCUCUUUUCGCCUCUUGGACGGCUCAGAUCUACUUACCUGCGCUAAAUAUCGCGGCUGAGGACUUGGACGUCUCGAUCACGCGGAUCAACCUCACAGUCACCAGCUACAUGAUUCUGCAGGGCCUCACGCCCAUCUUCAUCGGCGGGUUCGCCGAUACCUCGGGGCGUCGGCCAGUGUACCUGGCGUGCUUCGUGCUCUACAUCAUUGCCAACGUAGGCCUUGCCAAGUCCGACAGCUACGGGAGCCUCCUCGGUCUGCGGUGCUUCCAAUCCGCCACCAUAUCGGCCACGCAAGCUCUGUGCCAGGGGGUCGUGGCGGACAUAGCGACCAGCGCGGAGCGCGGGCAAUACACGGCUUUUAUCGCGGUUCCGGUGACGCUGGGGCCCAGCCUGGGACCCGUGAUCGGCGGCGCUCUCGCGCAGUACCUGGGGUGGCGGAGCAUCUUCUGGUUCCUGGCCGCGUGCGCGGGGGCCAACCUCCUGGUCCUGAUCUUCUUCUUCCCGGAGACCUGCCGCCAGGUCGUGGGCGACGGCUCCGUCCUGCCCCGGAGACGCAACCAGACGGUGGUGCAGCUGAUCCGCAACCGCCGGCAGAAGAAGGACGCUUCCGAUACCGAGAGCAACAACAACAACAACACCGCUACCCCUGCUAACACGGCCGCGCCCCCUUCCAAGGCUAACUUCGCCUGGUCCAAGUUCCUGACAUCUCUUAUCCUCAUAUGCGAGAAGGAGCUUAGCUUACUCUUCAUGUACGGCGGCUUCGUUUUCGCGGGCGUCUAUGCCGUAGCGACUGCUGUUCCGACCCUUUUCGCCGACAUAUACGGCUUCGACGGCCUCAAGGUCGGCUUAAUUUACCUACCCAUGGCCGUCGGGUCCAUCUUCUCCGUCGCGCUAGUCGGGAAGGGGAUGAAUUGGAACUACCGGCGACACGCGCGAAAGCUAGGAGUAGAAGUGGACAGGACCCGCCAGAUCGAUCUAUCAGACUUCCCCAUCGAGCGCGCGCGGAUCGAAGUUGCCAUCCCGCCGCUAAUACUAAGCAUGGUGGUCAUCACGGCUUGGGGAUGGGCCCUGGAAAACCAAGUCUCGGUCGCCGUCGUGUGCGUGCUGGUCUUCCUGCUCGGGCUAGGGCUCGUCAGCACCACGAGCGUCUUCAACGCGCUCAUCGCGGACGUCCGGCCGGGGAAGACCGGCGCCGCCAGCGCAUCUAAUAACAUCAUCAAGUUCCUGCUGGGCGCCGCUAUGGCCGCGGCCAUCGACCCGCUUAUCAGGGCCGUGGGGCCAGGUAAGGCUUACACGAUCAUCGCGGUGCUCUACGUAUUGCUGUCGCCGUGCCUGUACCUGAUCGCGAAAAGGGGAAUGCGGUGGCGAAUGGAGUUGCGGGAAAAGGAGAGCGAGAACAACAACAGUAACAACACAAGUUAAUAAGAAUAACUAAGAUAUUAUAUUGUAUUGUAUUGGAAUAGACUGCAUCUCUAUAGAGGAGCUACCUAUGGGAUGGAUAUAUUUACACUAGUUAUAUUCGUUAAUUGGCUAUAAGUUCCACUAUGCAAUAUUCCUUCCAUUCCCGUUUGCGCCAUCGUACGACUAUCAUGCCACCCCAGCCACUUCGCCGCGUACCUUUGUAACGCCAGGCACAUCUGUUCGCAGCUGAGAC